GGUCUUCGUGAGCCGAGCGCGGCCAUAUUUCUUCUCGUGGCUCUCUCACGUUCGCUGGAGGCAGGAAGGUGGUGCGCGGUUUCGACGGUGUGACCGAAUUUCCGAGAAGGCGAUGCCCGUGUCGCGCGCGCGCAUUUCGUAACGGUGUCGUGUAGUGACGGUGCAGGGAGCAGAACGGCUAAUCAUGCCUAAGGAAGGCGGUAAUCCGGCCGGCAGGCGGCCGUCGUCGCGUACCGCGAAGCCCUACGACGCGAACAACUCAUUUGUAAAAAAAAUGGCAACCAAGGUAACAGAUUUUAUACCGCAACCAUCAUGGAUUAGUAAGUGGUUCAUUACCUCUCAAAAUAAUGAAGAUACGCCAGAAGGUAGAGGGAAUAUCGAAGAAACAGAAUUCGAUGAUGAUGUACAUCAGCCUCCUACCAAGCGAUCGCGUAUCCGUAUGGAUGUGAUUCAUCCACCUGGCACAUUUUCUAUACAAACGAGAGUUAAAACCGCAUUAAAUACAAUUGAACCUUCUAAAGAGCAGUAUCCUGUUCAUGAAGUGACGGAAGAUUUUCUGGAACCUGCUACAGCUGGGCCAAGUGGGAUAGGUCGUUUAAUAUCUUCAACACCUGCAGUACAAGCAGAUAUUAGGGCUGUAACGUCUCACAGGUCUGACUUAAAUUCCUUAGCUUCAUCGACCAAUAAUGGGAUUGCAAAUGGGAUGGAUGAUAAUUCAGAAUCCAGUGAAAGUACUAGUGGAUGCAGUUCACUUAUUCCACAGAUAAAUAGGCACGAAGGCCCGUCAAAUUUAUUGUAUAGUUCGGCAUUUACUAGUAGAAAGAGGCAUGAUGACAAAUUAACAUUUACUAAUCAUUUACAAAGUUCGAGGUCUUUAUUUUUAGAUAGUUCUCGCGAUUCUUUAAGUAGUCGUAGACCGAGUUUUAACGCAUCAAUUAUUACAAACGCUACAGACCGCGCAUCUCCGCUGUCCUCCCCUUUUUAUAAUGGUAAUAUUACCUUUGGGGGUGCAAAUGCGGCGGGACUUUAUAAACGAAAUCGUAAUAUUUUUAACAAUUCAAAUGAGAUACAACUUAAGGUACCAAGAAGGACGAAUGUUGAAGUUAAACCUUCUGAUUCAGUGGGAGUUGAUUCAUCUGGUAUGAGUCAAACUGCCAAAAGAAUAUUGGAGGCAUUAGAACAUUUCUCAUCACCUGUAUCUGAUGCAAAAAAAAUACCAUUGAAAAAUACAAAUAAUGUCUCAGUAUCCUCAGCAUCUUCAGUAACAAGCAGAAAAAGAGCGCGAGAAGAGGUAGCAACGCCAUCCGCUAGAAUCGGUUUACGUCAUUUGACACGUGAAUUAACAGUACCAACUGUUCCCGAUAUACUGAAAUUAAGGAGAAGACAAAAAUUGCAAGAUACAACUCUUAUGGCUAGGAAGAUCGUUUCUGCUCGUAGCGAUCCACCUCCGCCCCCACAAGAAUAUCGAUUAAGGACGGAAGAUACUGACAAUGAAAAAUAUCGUGGCAAGUUAAAGGGCAAAUCUAAAAUAAAUCUAGAACAAGAAGAAACAGUGACGCCUGUAAAUUUGCCAAAUAUACCUCUACCAAUAACGACAUUACCCAAUUUCAAUUUCACUUUACCGCCUCCUGCAGCUCAUUCCGCAGGCAAAACUGCAGCAAAUAAGGAAAACACUUUCACGUUUGCUAGCCCAAUUAAAGUGACGGAUGUUGGGAAAAAUUUGCAGUCUGUCAACAAUUUCACUUUUAGUAAUCCAAUCAACGCCGAAGACUGCGCGAGUACGAUCGACUCGCGUUCAAUGACAGAGAAUGAGUUUACUGUUGAUUGCGCAAUCACGUCCAUACCAAAUUUCAUUUGGUCCGGCUCAUCCACAGCACCAAGAUUAAAAGCGAAGGUAAAAAGCAGCAGGGAUGAUUCCGUCGAAACCACAGUGCCACAGGAACUCAAAUCGAAAAGUGUUAUGGAUGUAUUUAAGUCUAAUAAAAUGGAAUCUAAAAUUGGACAGUCAAACUCGGAAUUGGAUUCUAAAACGACAGACACUAUCAAGACUGCCAGCACAAAUGUCAAUCUAAAUCCCGAUGUUACAAGCACACAUGAUACAGAAUCAUCUUGGGAGUGUAGUGAAUGUAUGAUUAGGAACGACAGUACGAAUAAACAAUGCACUGCGUGUAAAAUUGCUCGAUCGAAUCCUAAUAAAACUUCGUUGCCUUCGACAUCAACAAUAGAUACCAUUGUGGAAACAAAACCAGUUACACAAGAUUGCUUUGGUUCUCAAUUUAAACUUUCUACAAAUCAAUGGGAAUGUACAACUUGUUGUAUAAGAAAUAAACAAAGUGAUGUUACAUGUAUAGCAUGUACGACACCAAAGCCAGGAAGUAAUGCUACGGUGCAACAAACUGUUAAAUCUCAAAAUUUCGAUCUAAUGAAGAAGUUCAAACCUGCCGAAGGAUCAUGGGAAUGUUCCGGUUGUUUAUUGAGAAAUGCCGCGAACAUGAUUACGUGUCCUUGUUGUAAUACAUCUAAACCCACUACUUCCGUAAAAACUUCGAAGAAGACAAAUAGUGUCACAGAAUCAUUUGCACAACAGUUGAGCACUAAUACAGUAGUUACGGGAACACAAGAAAAAACAUCUAAUAAUUCCGAAUUAAUGAACAAAUUUAAACCAAACAAAGAUUCUUGGGAAUGUCCAGGAUGUUUUGUUAGAAACAACAAUUCUAUUAUUACCUGUCCUUGCUGUAGUACGGCUAAACCUAAUUCUGCAGAGGGGUCGAGCAAAGCAGAACAAACAUCGACUAAUGGCUUUGGAGAUAAAUUUAAGAAACCGGAAGGUGCAUGGACUUGCGAUUCGUGCUUGUUACAAAAUGAUGCGAAACAUACAGAAUGUGUGGCUUGUCAAGCCUCGAAGCCUGGUAUUGUAAAAUCAAGUGAAUCUUCAUCGAAUAGUGGCUCUACCCUGCAAUUUAAGUUUGGUGUACCAUCUAGUACAGCAAAUUUAACUAGUCAGUCAAGUGGAUUUAAGUUUGGCAUAGAUAAGACUGACACUCAAACUAAAUCCGAUUCAUCUCCUUUAAACGGAUUCAAGUUUGGUAAUACACAACAGAAUAGUGAUACAGCACAAUUUACAUUUGGUGUUCCGAAAGAAGAAAACAAAGCUGUAAGUGAAGCAUCUAAAACCAAUAAUGUCACAUCUUCUAGCGGUACAGAAUUUCAAUUUAAUGUAAAAAAUUCUGAAAAACUUGAAUCUAAAGAGGAUCAAGAAAAUAAACAGGAAACGCUUUUUGGCAUGCCAAAAAGUGAAAGUUUGACAACGGCAAAUGAGAAACAGACUUCAAAUAUUGCGUCUAGCACUUCACUAACCGCUUCUUCUUUCACGUUUGGUAUGCAGAAAUCAGGAUUUAAUCAGCCUGCCUCAAAUAAAGAAACGCAAAAUACUUCCUUUGCAACUACUGUGACAGAAAGUUCUAAACCAUCGGCAACAAUUGAUGCAGUUAUUAUACCAAUUAGCACUAAUACAACGUUACCAUCUUUAUCAACAGAAAAAAAUAUAACAAAAAAUGUGUCUGAGAUAAAACCGGAAUCGAUAUUUUCAUUCGGGGUACCAAGCAGUACAAGUGCUGUUACUACAACUUCCACGAAUGCAACGACUACUUGUCUUCCAACUUUUGCUCAACCUACAUUCACUUUUUCCGAUUCAAAGAAUCAGCCAGCCACAUUACCAUCUUUUGGCCAGAUACCCCCGUCGUCUGUCCCAUUGUCCACGAACGUAUCAUUCGGAGGAAACAAGGCAUCCGAGAUUACUCCAUCAAGCAACAAACCAGCCACCAAUGAUCCACCAGUCGCUACGCUCUUCCCAAUUGUCUCGAGUUCCACACCGCUAUUUAAUAACGAGUCGAAAACGACGAUAGCAUUCGGCACGGAUAAAUCGUUUACUACAACAAGCAGCAAACCAUCAGGAUUUGCCAUGCCUGAGAACAAAAUUCCAACAUUCGGCAGUAACACCGAAAGUAAACCACCAAUUUUCGGUACGUCGGAAACCAAAUUGCCAGUAUUCAAUCCACCCGCGGCAAAUCCUCUACCAACGUUCGGUACACCGUCCACCAGUGCCACUCCUUCGCUCUUUGGAUCAUCCAGUACCCCGGCUUUCGGAAACAAUACCACACCCGUUUUCGGCGGCACCUCGACAACACCAACUAUCUUUUCAACCACUAAGCCGAACGAGACCAACACUGCAUCGAAUUCGUCUUUAUUUACGUUUGGCUCUGCUUCGUCGCAACAAUCGACAAGUGGUAGAUUUAAUUUUUCUGCAAACGUUAAUCCAGCCGCGCCUGCAACUGCAAAGCCGCUUUUCACAUUUGGUAGCAAUUCAAGUGCACCACCAAGUGGUAACAAUACAUUCGGUAGUGGUACAUUCGGAGUUAAUUCCGCUCCAAUUGCGAAUACUGCAAAUUUUACGUUUAAUCCAUCUAAACAAGAGACAUCAGCGACAUUUGGUCAAGGUGCAGUGGCAAGUCCGAUAUUCGGUACUCCACAAGCAAAUCCACAGACUCAAGCAACGUCAUCGUUCUCAUCCACUCCUUCGUCCACCACAGGAUUCAAUUUUGGAUCCACGGCUCCAGUUGCUGCAACGUCAGGAGGUUUUAACUUUGGAGGAAUGUCAUCUACAUCUGCAUCAACCGGAGGAUUCAAUUUUAAUCCUACUCCCACUUCUACUCCCACAGUAGCUUUUGAUCCCAAUAGUCGGCCUUCAUUUAACUUCACCAAAGGAAGUGUACCAACAGCAUUCAACGCUCCACCCCAAUCGGCACAAGCACCACGAAAAAUCAAAAAGGCAUUUCGAAGAUGCGUACGGUAGAGAGCAUAUAGCAACAUUCAUGCAUACAUUCAGGUGCGUCUCUACAUCUGUCUAUAUAUCUGAGUGUGUCCCUCUAUGUUAAGCGCUAUAUAAAGUGAUGUACAAUGAAAUUCUGUCAUACAUCAA